AUGCAGGUUGAGGUUGCGGGGCAGGAGCCUCCUCAGUCGCCCGUUCCUCGUCCGUCUAGAAACCUUAGCGAAGAUUUCGUGGACGAGCUGGGAAUCCACUCGGAGAACAUCACGGUGAUGGUGAGAACGAGGCCGCUGAACGAGCUGGAGCGAACUCGCUACGGCUCUGAAGAGUGCAUGGAACUUGAUGAGAAGGGAGCGAGUGUCAAGCUGAAACCAAGCACGUCGAGCCUGACCACUCGCAUCGCUACCACGACUGGGCCGUACUUCUUCAAGUAUGACCACGUGCUGAAAGGAGAUUGUUCUCAAUCGCGCGUCUUUGACAUCGUCGGCAAGAGCGGAUGUGAACACUUCCUUGAAGGCUACAACGUUGCUGUCUUUGCCUACGGCCAGACAGGAGCUGGGAAGACUUACACCAUGUACGGAGAUGUCACAGAGAUUGUGAGCGAGAGUAACAAGAUCCAAGUUCCUGAGGAGAGCGGGCUGGUCCCUCGAUGCCUCUGCCACAUCUUUGAAAGGGUGGAGGCGAUGAAAGCGAGAGGAUGUAGCGUUGAAAUCACAGUCUCUUUCAUCGAAAUCUACAAUGAAGCCGUCAUCGACCUCCUCUCUACCGAAGCUAGGCUCCUCACAGUGCGGGAGGAUGCCAUUCGUGACAGGACGUACGUGGAGGGAGCAGUGGUUGCAGCUGUUUCCAACGUCCAGCAGUGCAUGAACCUUCUCCUCCGAGGGGCUCAAAAUCGCACAGUCGGCGCAACUGCCAUGAACACAGAAAGCAGCAGGUCUCACAGCGUCUUCACCAUCUCGCUAGAAGCAGAAGAGAAAGAUGCGCUGGAUCGGAGCGACAGAAGUACAGCAGAGCAGAAGGAAGACAUCUUCGAGAAGCAAGCAACAUCAACAGAUCUCUUACUGUCUUGGGAAAGGUCAUCAUGGCACUCGCUGCAGGAAGCAAACAUGUUCCUUAUCGUGACUCCAAGGUUUGACACCCUGACGUUCCUUAUCGCAAACAUCGGGCUUUCGCCAAGAUGUCAAGACGAGAGCCUGUCAACCCUCAAGUUCGCGUCGUUUGCCAAGAAGCCUCUCAUGAACGUGAGCAAGAACGUGACCAACAGAGACGCGACAGUCGAGGAUCUCCGCAUGGAAAUCUUCCGGCUACGACAGCAGCUGGCCCGGGGGAGGAUGCAGAGCGACGGGCUGCUGGCCGACAGCUUCACUCCCAACUUGUCAUCGGGGGUCGAGAGGCUCCUCGGGGAGUCAAAGAUGGGAGGGAGUGACAACCCGUUUGACAUCGAGUAUACCAAGAAGCUGGAGCUCCUGCUCCGACAGGCGCUGGAGCGAGAGAACGACCUGAGGAUGAAGCUGAACAGAGAGAAGCAGCAGUUCCGCAUCAAAGUCACAAGCUAA